AUGGACUGGAGGUGUGAGGACAACUUGGCCACCCCUCUCCCCUACAGUGCCUUUACUGGUUCAUCAGUGUAUGGUCAAGCAUAUGGAGCUGGCUAUGCUAAACUUAACAGGAUACAAGGUGCCGGAGGCUGGUCACCUUUGGACACAGACCAUUACCAGUGGUUACAGGUAGACCUUGGCUCUCGGAAGCAAGUGGUUGCCAUAGCGACACAAGGUCGUUAUAGGAGCUCUGAUUGGACCAGUCAGUACCGACUGCUUUACAGUGAUACACAGAACAACUGGAGGCCUUAUUUACAAGAUGGAAACAUCGGGACAUUGGUGGGUAAUGAUAACGCUGAGGAUGUUGUUCGACACGAGCUGGACCAUGCUAUCUUGGCCCGCUACAUUCGCUUCAUACCCGUGGUCUGGAGCAUGAAAGGACGCAUCGGAGUCCGCCUGGAGCUCUAUGGCUGCUCAUACUGGGCCGAUGUGAUCAGUUUUGAUGGCUCUGGCAUCAUCUCCAACCGUUUCAGGGGUAAAAAGAUGAAAACAACGAGAGAUGUUUUCUCUCUGACGUUUCGGACCACAGCCAGAGAUGGUGUUCUACUCCAUGGAGAGGGACAACAGGGAGACUAUAUUUCCCUGGAGCUUCGCAGGGCAACACUACAACUCAGCAUCAAUUUAGGAAGUAGUCCCAUACAUGGUUCUAUUCAAGGCCACACUUCUGUGACCAGUGGUAGCCUGUUGGAUGAUGGUCACUGGCACACCAUUCUUAUUGAACGUUAUCGUAGAAGUGUUAAUUUCACGCUGGACCACCACACUCAGCAAUUUAGAGCCAAUGGGGAAUUUGACCACUUGGACCUGGACCAUGAGAUUAGCUUUGGAGGACUUCCUGAAUCUGCAAAGCUGAGCUCAGAUGGUAAACAAAACUUUGUGGGCUGCAUGGAGGGGAUCAUUUACAAUGGUGACAACAUCACCAGCUUGGUGCGCAGGAAGAGGGUUGACACCUCCAGCUUUCGUAAUCUGACAUUCUCCUGUUCUGAGUCCAACUCCUUCCCUGUCUUCUUUAACUCCACGUCCUUCCUGCGGCUGCCGGGUCAGAGUGACAGUGACACGCUGUCAGUGAGUCUGUCUUUCAGAACGUGGAACCCCAGUGGUCUGCUGAUGUUCACUCAACUGGCUGACGGAUGGGUGGAGCUGGGGCUGAUUGAGGGCAGGGUCGUCAUCUUCAUGAACAUCACACAGAAGAAGAACACACGGAUUGACAUUUCAUCAGGUUCAGGUUUGAAUGAUGGCCAGUGGCAUAGUGUCCAUCUAAAUGCUCUGGAAAACCAUGCUAUGCUAACAGUGGAUGGAGAUGAGGCAUCCACAGUCAGGACAGCUAUUCCCAUCCAGAUCCAGACUGGUGGAACCUACUACUUUGGAGGGUAUUUCCUGCCCACAAACAGCAGGUCACUGCAACGGUCUUUUCAAGGCUGCAUGCAGAUGAUCCACAUCGAUGACCAACUGGUGGACCUACGAGCUGUGGAACAGGGUUUCUUUGGAACAUUUGAGAACGUCAGCCUCGAUAUGUGUGCAAUCAUAGACAGAUGUGUUCCUAACCACUGUGAGCAUGGCGGUCGGUGCUCCCAGACGUGGGAUACAUUCAGCUGCAACUGUGGUGACUCUGGUUACACUGGAGCCACCUGCCAUACCUCACUGUACCAACAGUCCUGUGAAGAAUAUAAGCUGCAGGGAAAGAGUUCAGGAACCUACUGGAUUGACCCAGAUGGCAGUGGUGCAAUCACCCCAUUCAGAGUCAGCUGUGAUAUGGCGGAAGAAAUGUCUUGGACCACACUAAGGAACGAUUUGUCUCCACAGACGUCCAUUUCUGUUGAUUACAAGGAUAAGACAACAACACUGCAGAUUACCUACAAUGUCACUGAUGAACAGAUGCUGUCAGUCACCAGCAGAGCAGAAAGGUGUGAGCAGUUUGUAGCGUACUCCUGCCGAAUGUCACGUCUGCUCAGUGGUCCUGAUGGUGCUCCAUUUACCUGGUGGGUGGGACGAGACAACAAGAGGCACUGGUACUGGGGGGGUUCAGGACCUGGGGUACAGAAAUGUGCCUGUGGGAUUGAAAACAAUUGUACAGACCCCAAACACUUCUGCAACUGUGACGCUGACCUGCGAACCUGGAAGGAGGAUGCCGGCAUGCUGGUUUAUAAAGACCAUUUACCAGUCAGGGAGGUAGUGGUUGGUGAUACGAGCAGAACUGGAUCUGAGGCCAAACUGACUGUUGGGCCUCUGAAGUGUCGGGGGGACCGGGACUACUGGAACGCAGCCUCGUUCAGCAGCCCGGCCUCUUCCCUCCACUUCCAGUCCAUUUCAGGACCGACCAGUACUGAUGUCUCCUUCUACUUCAAGACGUCCUCGUCUCAUGGAGUCUUUGUAGAGAGCCUGGGAGCAAGCAGCUUCCUUCACAUCGAACUCAAAGGAGGCUCGGUGGUUCUGUUCUCGUUCGAUGUGGGCAGUGAGAGAGCGGUGCUCAGUGUUCGCUCAGCGAACGUGCUCAAUGAUAACCAUUGGCAUCGUGUGGAAGUGGAGAGAAACAUGAAGGAAGCUGUUCUGCAGCUGGAUGGUCUGUACAGAGAUUUCCGAGCCCUCCCCCCACAAGGACACAGGAAACAAGACUCCCUCACUGAUCUGUAUGUGGGAGCUUCACGUGGUCAGAGGGGUUUCCUGGGCUGCAUGAAGGCUCUUAAAAUAAAUGGAGUCAUUUUUGACCUGGAAGUAAGGGCAAAGAUGACUUUGGGGGUGAGGCCAGGCUGCCAGGGCCACUGUGGAAGCUUCGGGAUGCACUGCAAGAACGGAGGGAAAUGUGUGGAGCAGUAUAAUGGCUACGCAUGUGACUGCGCUCACACUGCAUAUGAUGGACCCCUCUGCACUAAUGAUGUAGGAGGCUAUUUUGAAACAGGAACCCUGGUACGUUAUGACUUCCUGCCAGAUGCAGGUGCAUCUCUGCAGGAGGACAAAACUGUGCCUGGAGUUGGUGUGUCCGGUGAAGCCAACCUCACCCGGGAGGAGCUGGUGUUCAGCUUCAGCACCUACAGCGCCCCCAGCAUCCUGAUAUACAUCAGUUCAAGAACACAGGACUCUCUGGCUGUGGUGCUCAGAAACAAUGGUACUCUCCAGAUCCGCUACAGCCUCGGAGGACUAACAGAACCUUAUACCAUAGAUGUUGACCAUCGUAACAUGGCUAAUGGACAGCCACACUUUGUCAACAUAACAAGGAACUACAGAGAGAUCCGACUCCAGGUCGACCACUACCCUUUGUCUACAUUCACGUUGCCUCAAGCCUCUGACACACACUUCAACUUGGUCAAAAGUAUCUUUCUAGGAAAGGUCUUUGAAACGGGACAGAUCGACCCCAUCCUAAUCGAACGCUACAACACGCCUGGCUUUGUGGGUUGCCUGUCCAGAGUUCAGCUGAACAGUGUAGCACCACUGAAAGCUGCACUUCGCUCAGGCACAAGGGCACCCGUCAGCACCCAUGGGAUACUGGUUCCAUCUAACUGUGGAGCCUCACCCCUGACCAUCUCUCCCAUGGCCUUGAUUAAUGACCCCUGGCAUAUAGAAGCUGUUGGAGCUGUUUUCCCCUUCAAAGAGCAAAAGACCAAUCGUGAUGUUGAGGAUCACAACUUUGCUGUAGUUGCAGGCAUCGUCUCUGCAGUGUUGUUCACCAUCCUGUGCAUCCUGGUGCUUGUGAUCCGACACAUGUUCCGUCACAAAGGUUCCUACCACACUAAUGAAGCCAAGGGGGCGGAGUCAGCGGAUUGUGCCGAUGCAGCCAUCAUUGUAAAUGACCCAGCCUUCACCGAAACCAUCGAUGAGAGCAAAAAGGAGUGGUUCAUCUGAAACUAGAAAAACUGAUUUUUUUUUUUCCUCAUUCCGAAGGAAUUUAGUGGAACUUGAAGGAUUCAUUAAUUUAUUUGAAAACUUUAUGCACAACGGACAGAGUGGGUGUUACAGCACAGUUUGGCAGAGCCCAUGUGAUCAAGUGAUUUACAGUGCCUUGCGAAAGUAUU